AUGAGCUCGUCGUCGCCGUCUCGCACCCAAUCCUCGUCAUCCCCGUCCGCUCCGUCCGUCCCGUCAGCCGGUCGCCGUAUCCUGUCGCGCUUCGCGUCUCCCNUGUUCUCGCAAAAGGGCCGUAGCAUUGCCGACUUCCACAUCAAGGCCCAUGAUCCGCACAAGCAGUAUUCGCCCGGCGAGAGCGUCAAGGGCUGCGUCGUCGUCAAGGUCGUCAAGCCCGUCCGUGUCACGCACGUGUCCGUCUGUCUGCAUGGUUUCGCCCAGGUCUACCGCACUCCGGGCGCGACAGCCGACCAGCUGCGCGGCAACACCAAUCGCAUCGGUCGCGCCCAGGGCCGAGGAAAGAAGUCGGGCGAAUACUUUGGCAAUGGCUUCGCCUCGCUCUUCGAGGAUGAGUCGGUGCUAUGCGGCGACGGCCGUCUGGACGAGGGCGUGUACCGCUUCGACUUCGAGGUCCAGUUCCCCGACGACAUGGACCUGCCCAGCAGCAUCGACUUUGAACGAGGCACCAUCUCCUACAUGCUCACCGCCACCCUGACCCGUCCCACCACCAUUGCUCCCGUCAUCACCCACGACCAGAAGAUCUAUCUCGUAGAACGCGUCGACAUUGCCCCGCUGCUGCCCCCGAAACCGCGAACCAUCACCCUCGAGCCAGUCUCCAGGAAGGUCAAAUCGACCAAGACCUCCGCGUCCCUGCCAUCGAGGACUCCGAAUACCCCUACGCACGAAGCAGAACCGCCGNACCCCUCGCUGAGCGAGCUCAGUCUCGACAGUCGCGUCAGUAGCAGCCUUAGCGACGGUCCGCAUAAGCUCAUCACCGCCACCGUCGAGCUGCUGAAGGGCGCCUGCUUGCGAGGAGACAGUUUCCCUGUUCGAAUCUCCAUCAACCACACAAAGCACAUCAAGAGCAUCAAUGGCAUCAUCAUCACUUUAUACCGCCAGGCCCGCGUUGACAUGCAUCCCGCCCUCCCCUUGGGACCAGUGAGCGACGGCCAGAAGCGCAAGUACGAAGAUUACUACCCCAAGUCCAUCACCGGUCUCGGUGGCUUGUCUCUGUCUGGCGCCGGAUCCAGCCAUACCUUCCGCAAAGACCUUGCCCAGAUUUUGGUACCCCUAUAUGUGGAUCCCAUCUCUUUGACUGCCGAGAUCAAUGCCAAAAUUGGUGUCCCUCAUGGCGCAUUUCCCACCAUUACCUCUGUUCCUGGAGCUAUGAUUUCCUUCCGUUAUUACAUCGAGAUUGUUCUCGACAUUCAAGGCAAGCUCACUCAUGACAGAUAUCUCUCACAACAUGGCAGUGGCCCGGUCUCUGCUGCUGCGCGCCCUGUCGACUCCAAAGAAAACAACCUCUUCAAUGGCCCUGACGAUACCCCAUUUUUGAUGCUCAAUGGUGCAGGCAUCCUCGAUACUGCUCCUAUUCGAAGAGAUAAGUCCGUCGCGACGUGCACCUUUGAAGUAGUCGUCGGCACCACCGACAGCGAACGCAAAGCAAGGAAGGGCAAAGAGAAGGCGACUGAACCGUCUCCAUCAUCGGCCAAUGCUGAGCAGACUUUGAACAUGUCACACUAUGCUCCACAACAGCAGGGUCAUUCGGCAGUAUCAAGCCGAGAUUUUGAGUCAUAUCAGCACGCAGAUGUGUACCAUCAUGACUAUGACCCCAACACGCCCUUGGAUUACCAGUACGGUUCUGGAUACGACUACGGGCCUGAUUAUCAUGAAUGGGAGGGUCAAGAAUAUCCGUACGACGAGUCUUAUUAUCCAGAAUAUCACGAACCUCCGCCGUUAGAGGACGAGAACUCACUUCCUGAAAAGGAACGUCUACGCAGAGCGGAGGCACGAUUGAUGCCGAGUCAACCACCAGCCAUGCCUUCGACAUCGUCGGGCGCAGAACAGGCAACAGCGCCAGCAUUGCCUGAAGAUUCCUCGUACCAAGGACCAGGAGCUGCCGCCGGGAGCUCGACACAAACCACUGCAUUGCCAUCGCACAUGGCUUAUCAUUUACCAACACCUCAGACUGCCCAUGACACAGUCGAGGGCAAUAGCAAUCAUCUUCCGCCGACGGACGACAAGCAUGAAUUACAAAGGCGUCAAUUAGAACUCGCAGCGAGUGGACCGCCUCCAACUUCAUCAAACGUGCGCGGGAGACCAGUGCAGAGUCUGGGGCCUCAGCACCGGNUAUUAAUAGAUAAUAAUAUGGAUGAUUUCGCAUCGGGGACGGACGAGAUAGGGACAGGUGCAUCAGAAAGUCUCCCGCAAUAUCGACGAUGA